CUAGCAACAAGCUAACAGCGGGAGAGAUCUUUCAUAAACAUUUAUAAAGACGGAGAGAAAACGCUGCAGUUCAGUCGUUAAUUCUGCUGACACUCAACAGAUCUUCUUUGGGACUGUUUAUUAAUGGGCGCUGACUAGCUGGUUUGUUCCGUUAACCUCAGCUGACGAGGCUGUUUCUGUAUUAAAGGUGAAUUUUUUUAGGGAAUUUGAAGGAAUAAAGGUAAAUUUUUAAACAAUGUCCGGACCAAACGGAGAUCCAAACAUUUCUAUUGAUGAUGGAAUCAUCGAAGACGAGGACGAGUUUGAAGAAGAAGAGUACGCAGCCAUCAACUCCAUGCUGGACCAGAUCAACUCGUACCUGGACGACCUGGAGGAGAGGAACGACGCCCUGAACGGGAAACUGCACGACCUGAUGGAGUCCAACCGGCAGGCCCGCCUGGAGUUCAGGGCUCAGCUGCUGCAGAGGGAGGAGGACGAUCGGCCCGGGGACGAGGAUAAGGACAACAACUCCUCCUCAUCAUCGCCUGAGAAGAAGGACGGGGGCCCGAAGGACGAGGACCUGAAGGGGGACGGGGGCUCACACAGGAGUGAGGAGAGUGCGUAGAGAAGGAUUUCUAAAGGGACUCCUGCCUCCUCUGGGAGUUUGGACAGCGGCCACAAUGGUCUCCAUCUCCUCCACAGCUGAACUCACUGCUAUUUAUUGACCUGGUAACAAGCCGAAGUUCAUUCCAAAAGUGUUGUGAUGCAAAAAGAUUUGAUCUUUUCUGGAAAUUUAUCAGGUCAUCAUUGAAAUACAAGGAGAGGUUUCAUGAACGCAGCACGAGAGGGUUAUCAUCAGAUCUGAACUGGUUCAGUCUCGAUCAGCUGCGAUAAUUGAUCCUUCAUAACAGGUGGAAUGAAGCCUGAGCAGAAACACGAGCUGCGAUCAUCCGGCUGCUCCAUUAACUUCAUCCUUCACUGAUUUUAUUUCUCCCGAUGCGUUCAGGUGCGUCCGCAGCAUGACUGUAAAUCUGUCUCGUUCCUGUACGUCAUGCAGCUUCAGACCCGUGUGUGUGAUUCAUUAGAGAGAAAAUAAAAGAAUCCAUCCAGGA